ACCUUCCCUGAUAGUGUGACUCUUCAAAAUUCUCGGUUAGGCGUCCGCUUUUGAACUUUGCUAAACUUAAUUUUCUGGGAUGUCUUCAAGCACGAUGACUUCUUCGACAAAAGGUUCCGACGAAAAGCUCGGGUGGGACGACAAAGACGAAUAUAUAUCUGAAGAAGUUAAGCGUAUGUCACACGAGGAAAUAGUCAGUCGUAUACGUCUUUUGGAUAACGAAAUUAAAAUUAUGAAAAGCGAAGUGUUGAGAGUGUCCCACGAACUGCAGGCGCAGAAUGAAAAAAUAAAAGAAAACACUGAAAAAAUUAAAGUCAACAAAACAUUGCCUUAUUUGGUAUCAAAUGUCAUUGAACUAUUAGAUGUUGACCCUGAAGAAACUGAGGAGGAUGGAGCUGUUGUAGAUCUAGACGCACGAAGGAAGGGAAAGUGUGCUGUUAUCAAAACAUCCACAAGACAGACCUACUUCCUCCCAGUUAUUGGGCUAGUCGAUGCAGAAAAACUUAAGCCCGGUGAUCUUGUCGGUGUCAAUAAAGAUUCCUACCUUAUUUUAGAAACUUUGCCUGCUGAAUAUGAUGCAAGGGUUAAAGCAAUGGAAGUUGACGAAAGACCGACUGAGCAGUAUUCUGAUAUUGGUGGCUUGGACAAACAAAUUCAAGAACUCAUAGAAGCAGUUGUACUUCCGAUGACUCACAAAGAAAAAUUCGAGAACCUCGGUAUUCAACCUCCAAAGGGUGUACUUUUAUAUGGACCUCCUGGAACAGGUAAAACUCUAUUGGCUAGAGCUUGUGCAGCACAGACAAAAUCGACCUUUUUGAAACUAGCCGGACCCCAGCUCGUUCAGAUGUUUAUUGGCGACGGUGCCAAAUUAGUUAGAGAUGCAUUUGCCCUAGCUAAAGAAAAAGCACCAGCUAUUAUUUUUAUCGACGAGUUGGAUGCCAUUGGUACAAAAAGAUUUGAUUCUGAAAAAGCAGGAGAUCGUGAAGUACAAAGAACUAUGCUUGAACUAUUGAAUCAAUUAGAUGGUUUCAGUUCAACCGCAGAUAUUAAAGUUAUUGCUGCUACAAACAGAGUGGACAUUUUAGAUCCAGCACUUCUUCGUUCUGGUAGAUUGGAUAGGAAAAUUGAGUUUCCCCACCCAAAUGAAGAUGCAAGAGCAAGGAUCAUGCAAAUUCACUCUCGUAAGAUGAAUAUAAGCGUUGAUGUCAACUUUGAGGAGCUAGCAAGAUCCACAGAUGACUUCAAUGGAGCACAAUGUAAAGCCGUAUGUGUAGAAGCUGGUAUGAUUGCUUUGCGUCGCAGCGCUGGAGUUGUGAUCCACGAAGAUUUCAUGGAUGCUAUCCUGGAAGUCCAAGCCAAGAAGAAAGCGAAUCUUAAUUAUUACGCUUAAAAGUUCAUUUAAGGGUUCACUAAAUAUUUCUGUUUUUCGUUUAACUUGUAAGUUCAAAAAAUUUCUUGUAAUGUUUUGAAAUAAUUUUUGUUGUCCAUUUUUCAAUAAAUAUUUUUAAAA